CCCCCAGCCUGGCCUAGGGCCCGCCUCCUUUCCUCCCUCUGCCCCCUUUCCGGAGCGGAGUGAAGGCGCACUUACAGCGGUUUGUGAUUGGGAGCAGAAAGGAUAAAGCUAUCGUUUGAGCUCCCCCUGCUGGUCGUGAGUGAUGCUUUUUCCAGAAGACAGAUGAAGAGAGUGCAAGCAGUAUGGCUGAAAGGUUCCUCAUGCCCUCACUCCAGGCAUUGUGCACUCUGAUCCCUGCACUCUCUGCCGUCUCGGAACCUGGAUACUCCAGCUCUUGCCAAGGUGCUGACUUGCUUAAGAAGCCUAUCCUGCUCACCCCGGACACAGACACCCAUUAUCUAUGUGGUACCUCAAUCCUGGCAGUAGCAAUUUGGCUACGAGUAGGCAAAGACGGUAGAGAGAUUCUCAGUCCUGGGGAUGCUACCAUUAACCCCUAUAUUGCUGUGAAUAUCUUGAUUGCUGUGGGUGCUAUCAUCAUGAUUCUGGGUUUCCUGGGAUGCUUUGGAGCCAUGAAAGAAAACCAGUUCAUGCUUGUUUUGUUUUUCGUAGGAUUGAUUCUGAUCCUACUUCUGCAAGUGGUGGCAGGUAUCCUAGGAGCUACUAACAAAUCUAAGACUGAACGUGCUCUGAAUGAGACUCUCCAGACUAAUGUACAUCUUCUGAGUGCAACAAAUGAAAAUGGAAAGCUAUUCCAGAAAGCCUUUUCUGAAAUUCAAGAAGAGUUAAAAUGUUGUGGUUUGAUCAAUGGAGCUUCUGACUGGGGAAAUAAUUUUCAAUACUAUUACAAGUCAUGUGAAUGUCCAAGUGCAUCAGAUUCUUCUUGUACAAAGUAUGAUGGAAAAACUAUUUACAAACAGUCAUGCUUUUCUUUGCUAAGAGGCUUAUUUUCAAGACGUCUUUCCAUAGUUAUUGGGCUGGCGUUUGGACUUGCAGCUGUUGAGGUACUUGGUCUGAUAUUUUCUCUUGUCCUGUACUGCCAGAUCAGGAAGAAAUAAGUCUGUGGAUGUGUCAAGUCAUCAUCGGUCAAACCCCUUUAAAAUUUUGCUUCGGAUUUGUAACUUCUUUAAAUAUAUGAGUGCUGUGUUAAGAGCAGCUGUCCUAUUAAAAUGUGUCAUUUAGCCAGAUCACAGAGAUCUUCCAGUCAUA